AUGCCAAAACAGAAGGGUUGGCGUAAGUCACAGGCUGCAACCAGGCGACACGCUCAGCGCGAGUUCCUGAUUGUUGGUCCGCAAGGCUACCGUGAUGACAUGCCUCCAGGUGUGUAACAUUUUCUUUUACAAAUAUCAUUUUCGUCUGCACAUCACUAUAUUUACAGUUACAGUUUCUUGUUCCUCUGUAUCUAGGACAAAACACAUUCACAUCAAGUUUACUGUUUGACCCUUGUAAUGAUACAUGUGAAUGUUGUCUCUUAAAUAGGCACUGUGGGGACUGGUUAUCGCCAUCGUGUUAACCAGUGGCCAGUAUCUGUGUUGACUGGUCGCCAACACAAAUUGGUCAUUCCUCCUGAGGUUCCCAACAAGAAGGUAUGAUACUGACAUUCUUUUUUACCCUCACAACAUAUAUUUGAACUGAUACAGUAUUUAAUUAAUACUUUUCCCUUUUUCAUUCUAGUUUGUUCUUAUUGUCGGUGACUCUCACCUGCGUCCAUUUGUUGAUGGGGUUGUGCCAUUGCCUGAAGGACGGAUGUCAUUUGGGUUCAUGUCCACACCAGGGGCCUGUGCCAACGAACUGAGGAUUGAGAUGGUGCAUGCUGCUGUGCCUUGCAGUCCUGACUUGGUCAUACUCAUGGCUCCUAGCAACAACCUAACAACCCAAGGGUCUCUUGAGAAGUCGUCAACAGAUUUUGCUCAACUUCUCUCCACUGCCAUUGGGAGGUGGUUCAAGGUGGGGCUAUGAUCUAAUUAACACAUUUUGUAGUAUGUCAAUUAGUAGUUACACUCUGUAAUAACUCUUGUAUUUCUUGUCCUUCUGCUCUACUUGCUAUUUUUAUAGGUAAUUGUGUAUGAUUUUCCACCACGGCUGAACCAUCCUUUAGACCACCAGGAUCUCCUGCGGCAGGAAUUCCAUCGCGUCGCAGCACGUAUGGGUAGGUUUUACAACAUCUUAAAUUCAGUUUCAUGACAAAAUUCUAUAUGACAAUAAUAUCAUCACACAACCAAUCAUAUAACACAUGUACAAAAAACACAUACAAUAUACAUGUAAUAUUUAGAAUACAUCACAACUCUGUACAUUUUAUGGACAAGGUGAUAGAAUAACUGUCUUUUGUGCUUUAAGUUAAAUAUGCACAUAUUUACUAAUGUUUAACUUUGUCUGACUUUACAUUAACAGGCAUUCGAUAUGUUUGCCCUGCUGCUGACGAUUUCCCCCUGAGAUACCGCAUGCUGUGGUGCACGGAUUCUGUAAGUACAAUCCCUACUUAUGUUAUAUUCAUAUGGACUUCAUAAUAAAUGCACACAAUUUUGCAUCAUGCAAAUUUGUGAUCAUGACAAUUAUCUUGUUUGCUACAUAGGUCCAUCUCAGUGAUGACGGUGGGUCGCCUAUUCUGGGGCAGCGUCUCUGGCAGGCAGCGUACACUGAACUGGAGACAGUGGACCAUGCAUCACUGCGAUCAGUGCAGCGCAGGCGUCCCCCCCCCCUGAGCACUGUCACACCAAAGGUGGUUGUGAGGGGAGAGGUGCCUGCACCUCAACCAUCCAACCCCUUUGAGUGGACAGUGUGUGGAAAGGUGCACAAGGUAAAAAUACUAUUCCUGUGUGUGUAUAUACGUAUAGUACAUGUAUUUAAUACAGUAGUGUUAAUUUUCAACUAACUUAUCACAGCAGAAUCUCUCUGACAACGAGGUGAAGGACUCUGCUCCAUGCACGCAGCAGGUUUGUCAUUUUUCAUAUGGCACACUUAUACAUAAUACAAAACCACUGUCAUCACAGUGGCUGUUUUGAUUGCACACAUUUUCUUUGAUAAGACACCCUUUUCUCAAGUAGUACUUCCUUUAUUCUAUAUUGGUUUUUCUCUCUCCUUCUCAUCCUAGUUGUCAACAGUUGGGUUGCGAGAUUGCUUUGUGCGUCUCAACCCUAUCCAUUUCAGUGCACACCUGCUGGAUGCCAUGGAGAAGAUUUCGCCGUCCCAGGUUCCCAACCCUGUUCCACAAGAUGAUGAGGUCAGUAAAAAUGUGAAACUACAGUUGCGCUUGUACUGUUCAUUCAUUAAAUGUGUGGUGUUACAUGACAACAGUGCUUAUAAUAAAUAUUUUUUCUAUCAGAUGCCACGUGUGGAACCACGCAGGACUGUGGUUGCAUCUCAAAGGACCCGUACCAAGAAGCAGGUUUGUUUCUUCAUUAGCACACAUGGUAUAUUAAUAUGCAACUACACAGAACUAGGUUUGCAUCUAAACCAAGUUUAUCAUACUGAACUGAAAUGAUAACAUACAGAAAUUUUACUCAGCCCUUAAGUUCAAAAGAUAUUUCUCUUUAUUCAUACCAAUUCAGAUCUUGGUAUUAUCAGUUAAUGGGCUGCUUUCAUCAAAAUGCUUCUACUUUCAACUAUAUAUGUACACACUUUUACAAUUUGCCUUUUUUAGCAAUGACAAUAUAUUUAUGCACAAACUUUCAUGUGCAGGGAAGGGCCUUGCGUGUGCAGAGCCCAGCUGAGCCCCAGACUACUGAGGUGCCUCCUCCUACAGAACUCACUUCACCUGAGGAGGACUUGGAGAGGGUGGCAGAGCUCCAGACCACUGCCAUCCUGUCAGGACCCCAGCCAGAGAGAGGCAGCCAGGUGGAACAGGUAAGUAUACGUAAGCGUCCUCUUUCCCCCCCUCUUGUGUUUGGUGAUUUUGAUCACUCACCUGUGCAGCUUAGCAGUGUGGAGAGCAAGGCAGUACAGUUUCUGUGCACUGAAAUUGAGGGUGAAAUGUCUGACCCAGGUCGAGUAAGACACAGUGUCCUGGAAUCGUUUCACCAGGCAAGUGAUAUCUUAAAUAAUCCUGGGCAACAGUGUAUGGCAGUUGGGCUGGCUAGCAUUGCCAAACACAGUGUCAAAAGCGUUUUCACCUGGAGUGUGGAUGAUCUCGACACAGCUUUGCUCUGUGGGGAUCAACUGUACACAUAUCUGCGAGACAAUGACAAAAUCAGUGGCAGUACUGAUUUUUUGUGUAUUCCUGAUUUACCUGCUUCACACACAAUUGAUGGCAUAAAGUUUGACUUUGAGUAUGGUGAUUACGUGUCUGGACUCAUCAACCAGACUGAUGAUUCACCAUUUGCACCUGGGUUGACAACAUUGCUGAAUGGUCUCCAAAUUGUGUUCGCUAAAUAUGACACAUGCUUUUUGACAUUGCAUUGCAGCACAUGUGUGGUCAUUCGUGAGAAUGGUGUGUUCGCUGUUGUUGACUCUCAUGCCCGAAACACUUCAGGCCUGGUGGAUCCUGAUGGCAGAAGUGUUGUCAUGUAUUUCCAUAACUUGCAAGAAAUGCAUACACAUGCAUUGACCUUGGCUGCAUCACAGCAUGUGAGCAACCAGGCUUUUGAAGUUGCUGGUGUGCGUGCAAUCCCUAGAAUGUCAACUAUUCAAAGUAUGUGUUUGCCAUCCAGCUCAAGAGUAAAUACUGA